AUGGAAGAUCACUCCACUCCUGAUGACGGCCUCCCUGCGCAGGUUGCCCUUGCGCAGAUGUUAUUCGACGUCCACCAAGCCCAAACUGCGCAGCUACUAGGUGUGAAGGACCGUCAGGUGAAGCAGGCGGGAGAGGAAUUCGAUGAUGCAACCUGGAUGGAUUUUCGCGCCCGGAGCAGGGAGCUGCGUGACGCGGUGCUUGCCCGUGCGGACGCCAGAGUGUGCACUUUACAUGCAGAUGGUGAGACGGCCAUACGUGAUAACCUUCUGACCAAGCGCCUACCUAACGAUCAAGAUACGCGGAUUCGCGCCUGA